UCGUGUGCACAAGUCCGGAGGCGAGCACGACUCCUUCGCUUUUCCUUUCUUUGCUUCAAGUGUGCCGUUUUCGCACCCCCGCUGAAGUCGGCCGAGGCGGGACCGCGUCGUGGGGUGGUUCGUGGGUGGCGGGGUGGAAGAGAGAUCGUGGCGUGGAGGGAAGCUGUGCUCGGCCGCCUUCGGUGCACCCUUCCCGGACGUUUCACUUCUUGGACUGGACCGUUGACUUCCUGCGAGAGGGCAAAGGCGGAAAAAGAGGCUUUUCCGUCCGCUUCCAAAUAUCGUCGGCGCGUCGGAAAAAAUGGCCCGGAGAUGCGCCCUGGCCUUGUUGCUUCUGGCGGCGUGCGGCCUGGCAACUGCAGGCCCGACGUUCCGCAGCCCCUGCGAGUUGCUGCCGGUGGGCGCGAGCCACCCCGUGCAGGCCAUGAGCAAGAGCUUCACCGCCCUGUCGGGCUGCGCCAGCCGGGGCACCGCCGCCCUCCCCCAGGAAGUCCACGUGAUCAACCUGCGAGGCGCCGCGCCCGCCCUGCGGUCCGGCGGCUCCACCGCUGAGGUGGAGCUGCACGUGAAACCCAUCCAGUCUCUGCUGCGCCACCGGAAGCCUCUGGUCCUGGUCCUCAACUCCCCCGAGGCGCUCGUGUGGAAGGUGAAGACGGAGGGCCUCGCCCCGGGCGUCCGCCGCGUCUUUCACGUACCCGAAGGCUCGGAGGUCCGCUUCCAGCCGGGAAACUUCUCGCUCUCCUGCCGGGUCCGAAAGGAGCUCCUGCUCCCCCACGGCAACGAGCACCUCCUCGGCUGGGCCCAGAAACUGUACGGCGCCGUCACCUCCUUCAGCGAGCUCAGGACCACGCAAGACAUCUACAUCAAAGUCGGAGAAGAUCCUCUCUUCUCCGACACGUGCAAGAUCGACAACAAGUUCCUGUCGCUCAACUACCUCGGCGGCUACGUGGAGCCGCAACCGUCGGCGGGCUGCGUGCUGUCCGCCGGCCACCGCGAGCGGGAGGUCCACGUUCUGGAGCUGCAGGCGCCCACCUCCAGCGGUGCGUUCCAGGUGGAGGUGAUGGUGGAACUGCGUCCGCUGGAGGACGACGGGCCGCUCCAUCGCGACGUGGUCCUGCUGCUCCACUGUGUCAAGGCCGUCAACUGGGUCAUCAGGGCCCACGACGUACUGGGCAAGCUCACCGUUGUGGCUUCCGACAGCAUCAGCGUAAGUUCGACUACGGAGAGGCUGAUGCAAGUGUCCAAAUCCCCCAAGCGCCCCUUACCGUCCGGGCCCCAGGCGCUGAUCCGGUGGGCCGAGGAGCACCGCUACGGCCCGGUCACCACCUACACCAACACGGCCGUGGCGAACCACUUCAACGUCUGGCUCAGGCAACAAGACGCGGUGGACCACUCGGAGAGCCUGCUCCCGCCGGAGCUGACCAUCCUUCGCGGCAACGGGCCACCCCGCCCGGUCCUUCCCUUCCUGUUCCCUCCGCCCGUGUCGCGGGACCUGCCCUACCCGCCGCUGCCCUCCCUGCUGGACGAGGGCCCCCGGGAGAAGGCGGAGCCCGAGGAGCACCGGGCCGUCCUCAGCGCGGGGGUCGCCGUUCAGUGCCAGGACGCCAGGAUGGUGGUCAGCGUCAGCAAGGAGAGCCUCCGAGCCAACGGCUUCGCGCACGCUAACCUGACGCUUGAAGACCCGCGAUGCAAAGCCACGGUCAACGCCACCCACUACACGCUGGAGACGCCGCCCACCGGGUGCCAGACCACCGUUUACCCCCUGCGGGGAAGCUCCGACGCCCUCCACAUCAACACUGUUCUUAUAAGUCACGGCGAGACCAAGGACGGGAGCGGUGGCCCCCUGGAGUUCGACGACCGGGAAUCUGGGGAUGUCCUCUUCCCCAGGGACCUGGAAAGGAUCCAACCCAGAGAUCAGUUGUCAACCAUUAGAUUCAACUGCACGUACCGACAGGAAAGCAAGAAAAGCCCGGCUCGGUCUCGGCAUGUGGACAUGACGUUCAGCGUGGACCUGUACCACGCGCCGCCCUCCGACCGGCCGUCCCGCCAGGCCUUCAACACCGUCUCUCAGAACCAGCUGGUUUUCGUGGAGAUCACCUCGACGUCGGCCGACGCCGACGCGGGCUUCAACAUCCUGUCGUGUUUCGUCUCGCCCGACGCCGACCCCAACGUGGAGUCGUCCUACCCGCUCAUCGAGACGAUCUGCCCCACCGACGACUCGCUGCGCUUCCGCGACGACGGCCGGACGGGAAAGAAGAGCUUCAGCUUCACCUUCAACUCCCGCUUUAACGCGUCGCGCCUCUUCCUGCACUGCAAGAUGGCGCCGUGCGCCUACACCGGGCCUGGCCUGGCACCGUGCGUGGACGCCGGCUCGUCGUGCGACUCCCUGCGGAUCGACGACAUCGUCGACAUGAUGAUGAGCGCCGGGUCCAGCAGCAAAGCGCUGAUCGUGCUGGGCGGAGACACGGCAGAUACAUCGUCGCAACCGGGCCCGGACGACCCCACCGAAAACAACAACCCCGCGACGCCCCUGCUGGACACGCCGACGGUGGUGGGGAUCGCCUUCGCCGCCUUCGCCAUGGGCGCGCUGCUGACGGGAGCGCUUUGGUUCAUCUACUCGCACACAGGAGGGACUGCUGGUGCUGCUGCGGGGUCGGCGGCGGCGGCGGCGCCGGGCGGGAUGACAAAAGAGGUGAAUAAGGGUCCGCCUGCCUCGGAAAACAGCAGCGCCGGCCACAGCGUCGGCAGCACGCAGAGCACGCCCUGCUCCAGCAGCAGCACGGCGUAGCCGAGGGAACCCGCCCGGGCGGCGGCCGCCCGCCCUGCCCGGGUCCCAAAGACAAAAAAAAAAAAAAAAAAAAAAAAAAAAAGCUCGGGGCGCUCCCACACCCGGGAACGCGGACGCACAUCCUCAAGACGGAGGAAGCGCCACGUUCACGCUAUAUGUCCAAAAAGACGAAGGAGAAGACCGGGGAUAGUUUGCCACCGACGCCACGAAAUUCAGCCAAGUCAGACGUUUCAGGGUGCGUUCUCGGACUCGGACUUUGACAAUCUCACACUCGAGAUUUCACCCAAAUCACACGGUAUCUUCGAACGAUUGUGGGUGUAAAAAAAAGAGGCCACGAGUGCUCGCUUACAAAAAAAAAAAAUGCUCCCCAUACCAGCAUGGAUGUGAAAUUGGGUGGACCCCAAAAACAAAAAACUGUCCAACAGAAUUGAACAGGAAGUCCACCAUUUUGUGGGUUCGACAAGAUAAAUGAAGUUCUCCAAACAAACGUGUACUUUACUGGAGAAUGUAUCCAAGCGAGCCCGAUCGGAAACGGGUAUCCAAUUCGCUAAAUUCCAAAGCUAGCCCGCACGUAGCAUGAACGGGAACAUUUGUGGAUUUGUUUUUCCGCGAGCCGAUCCAGUCAAGUAUCGUGAUACCUGAUAAGAACAAAAGAACCACUGCUGGCCUUAAAAAAAAAUGGUUUUCAACGUGGUAUGUAAAGAUCGCGAUUGGUUUUGAAUGUAAGCUGAAGUUUGAAAAUACCAAAAAAAAUGUGAAAUGUGAAGACAUACUGAUGACAAAGUAACAUUUUUAAAACCCCUUCAUUUUGCGCCGUUGCCAUCUGCCUUUCAUAUAGAAGCAUAAAAGCUAAGCUAGCUACAUUUAUUUUAUUUUUUUUGUAUGAAAUCGAGACAAAAAGUUGAUACCAUUCAGAGGCAAUUAUUACAAUUUGCAGCAUAUUUUUUUUUUUCCUCAAAGAUGCCUAAGAUCGGCGAACAAACAGUUCCCUACCCAAAGAGUGGUACAGAUCUUCUGGUCUUCUUCUCGGAAUGAAAGAAAAUGAGGCUAAAAUUUUAUCGUAUUAUUCGUUUCCGUAAAAAAAAUCUUAAAAAUAAGACAAAAAGGUUGAUCCCAUUCAGCGAGAUCGUUAGCAUGUUUAGCUUCCCCACUCUAAAAAGACAUCAAAUGUCACGCCUCGAAAACGGGCCAAAAAGGUUGAUACCACUCAAAGUCGGGUCAUUAGCAUGAUUAGCAUUCCCCCGUUAAACGCAAAUAUCUAUGUUCAAGUGAAAUGUACGCGAUUUCCCGUGAUGUCAGCGGGCAGCCUCAGUCAUGCCGUUUCUCCAAUGCUAAGCUAACGUUCCAGGGCGGUGCCGAUCUUCAAAACUUGCUCUGGGGGUUAAAAAAAAAAAAAAAAACAAUUUAAGAAAAAAAAAAUAAUAAGUUGAGAAUGUCAAGUGACUUUCUAUCUAUAUAUAUCUAUAUAUAUAUAUAUAUAUAUAUAUAUAUAUAUAUACUGUAUACACAUUAUGUACUGAACACGCGUGUAAAUAUUGUAUUUUUUUGGGGGGGAAAAUUUGAAUGUGACGCUCAUUUGUUGGCAACGCGGUUCCAGGAUGAAGGCCCUUCGUCGUAAUUUGCAAAAUUUGCCCGUACAAAUUCCGUUACUCCAGUUUGGCGAUGCUAAGCUAAGCUAAGCUAAACCUAAAAAAAUACCGCCGACGUCGUCAAACUUUAAUUAGUGAGCCGAUAAUAUUGGAACUCUUCCUAAUGUUGUUUUUUUUGCCGUACAAACAAAAAAUGUCAGCAUUUUAGGUUAUUAACCAAAUUUAUUUUUGCCUAUGCUUUUAAUUGUACCAGUAAAAUUAGCACAUUUGUCGCACUUUUUUUUUCUAACAAAUCUGAACGUGAUUUUUUUUAUUUUUUUUCAAAGAAAUCAGCGCCAGCCACCUCACAGUUUUAUGAAUGUUUGCAGCAAGAUUUUUUUUUUUUUUUUACUUUACAAAUGUAAACAUGUAUAAAGAGGGAAAAAGAGUACAGAUAUAUAUUUGUGUAUAAAAUUAUAUUUUGGAAUAGAUUUAGCCAGAGGAAUUUUGGGGUGGUAUGUUAAAGUACUGUGAAUUGCCAAUCAUCACGUUUUUAUGAGGGAUUUAUUUGUCGUCGUUUUACGUUCUAAUCUUCGUUCAGUCUAACCAGGAUGUAAAUUGUAUAAAACCGUUUAAUCUUUUGUUUUUUCACUUUUCUAUAUUCGGUGUACAAAACUGUUACGACGGUGAAAAUAAAUGUACCAAAAUCAAUGUUUUGUGGAAUUG